ACCGAAGACACAUUUAUAAUGCAAUCAUUACCUGAAGUUAUCUCUACUUCAAAUUCAGACGCAAGGGGAUUAAAUGAUUUUACAGCCUAUCUUUCAAAAAAUCAUUGCCUAGAAACCCUUCAAUUCAUCCAAGACGCCUCGAGAUACCGAGCUUAUUACGCAGAGAUAGUCGAGGAUAAAGAAAUCCCUUGGGCAUAUUUAAGACGCCAUUACGAUUACCUACAGGAACUAUGGGAAGAUCUUCUCGGCACUUAUAUCCUCCAUAGCGGACAUCGCGAGGUCAACCUUCCCUCUGAAGUUAGGGCUCGACUUCUUGGAUUACGUUCUUCUGCACUUCCUCCACAUCCAUCGGGAUUGGAUGAAGCCGUCAAGAUCAUCCUUGAACUCAUGGAGGACUCGAUCCUACCUGGGUUCCUGAGGUCUUAUGUGUCGCUGGAUCAACCGGGAGAUAGAGGGGGUGGUGGCUGGAAGGGGAUUUUCGGCAGACUUCAGCGGAAAAUCCCAACACCCACGUCAGAACGGGGCUACGAGGAGGACUCUGGGUCGCGGGCUUCCGGUUCGAGAGAAGACGGUGAGGUCACUCUUUGUACACGCCGCCGCUUCCUAGGAGGCGCCCCCGCAUCACCUUACAGCCAUCUACUGCGGCCAUGAUCAAGCGCGUCUGAAGACAGUAUUCAUGCAAAAGCUAUAGUGAGUGGGAUUUUCCUUUAUUAGGAAAGUUCAAGGUUACAAAUAUAGAGGCAGGUUUCUCCCUCAACGUUUGGAAAUGCUGCGAAGAGGCCAUUUUAAGAUAUAUUCU